GUCUGUGGGAAAGCCGGGCUGUCCUGAGUGGGAGUGGCACCGAGCUGCAGGGUAUCUUAAAAAGAAUAUUUUAAAAAUGACCACACCAAACAAGACACCUCCUGGUGCUGACCCUAAGCAGUUGGAAAGGACUGGAACAGUACGGGAAAUUGGGUCACAAGCUGUUUGGUCACUCUCAUCGUGCAAAACAGGAUUUGGAGUGGAUCAGUUACAAGAUGACAAUCUUGAAACUUACUGGCAAUCAGAUGGCUCCCAGCUUCAUUUAGUAAACAUCCAAUUCAGAAGAAAAACAACAGUGAAGACAUUAUGUAUUUAUGCAGACUACAAAUCUGAUGAAAGCUAUACUCCAAGCAAGAUCUCGGUCAGAGUAGGAAAUAAUUUUCACAAUCUUCAAGAAAUUCGGCAACUUGAAUUGGUGGAACCAAGUGGCUGGAUUCACGUUCCCUUAACUGAUAAUCAUAAGAAGCCCACUCGCACAUUCAUGAUACAGAUUGCUGUUCUAGCCAAUCACCAAAAUGGAAGAGACACCCACAUGAGACAAAUUAAAAUAUACACACCAGUGGAAGAGAGCUCCAUUGGCAAAUUUCCUAGAUGUACAACUAUUGAUUUCAUGAUGUAUUGUUCAAUAAGGUGACCUUAACACAGAACAAAAGUCAUUAAACGUACCUUUGUUUUAUCUUGUCAGUAAA